AUGUCGAUACGUUGCAGCGUAGUUGUGGGUAAACCAUCACCCAGCCCCUUACGAACGAGCCAUGACAUUGAAUUUACGUGUCAGACUGAAGAUAUUGAAGAUUUAAUUCCCAAAGGACUGUCUGAGGCAACAAAGCAGCAGAUUCGUUAUCUCCUCCAGAUGAGAGUGACAUCAGAUAAAUCUUUGAGACUUGUGCUUUCCACUUUCAAAAACCUCCGUGAGGAGCUCUGCCAUUUGCAGGAUGACCUGGGGAAGUUAGAAACUGACAGUGUCCUGCUUAAGAAGGAUUUGGCUUUUAAAGAUUCUCAAGUAAAAGAAUAUGAAACCAUGUUGGCUUCUCUCCGGGAGAACAAUCGUCAGCAGCAGCAAGGGCUCAGGGAGAGCACGGCCAAGUGUCGCUCCCUGGAAGAGCAGCUCCUCUCCCUGCGGCUCGGCGAGGGCGAGAAGGAUUGUCGGCUGAAGGAACUGGAGUACUGCAAGCGCUCCCUGGAGCAGGAGAUCCAGAGCCUCAAGCUGCAGACCUGCUCUAAUCCAACGCUACAGACCACCACCGACGAGCUCUCGAGCCGUUACGUGGAGAUGAUCAAUAACCUGAGAGAGGAUAAAGAUCGCGAGAUCCGCAGCCUUAGGUCUCAGUUAUGCCAGUUCCAGGAAGAUAUAUCGAAGAGAGAGGGAAAUAACAGUGACUUGCAAAUCAGGUUGCAUGAACUGACAUCGAUGGUGGAGGAGAAAGACGCUUUUAUUAAACAACAGCAAGAGGAACUCUUCCGACUGAAGCAUGAGAAACUCUCAGGCAGCCAGUCCCCUGGCGUGACAGCUGUCAUCACUAAGAAGUACAGGAAUCAGUAUCCUAUUCUGGGCCUCCUGUCUGACGACUACAAGGUUACCUCACCUGUCAAUAAAUCACAAACGAUUGUCAUUGAGAGGACUGGAGAGAUAUGGAAACACUGCAAGUUUCAGCUGAAACAAAAUGCCUUUGCUGUGAGACCGAUGUGCUGUCCCCAGUGUGAGGGGUGCGGAUCUGGCCCUUCCGCCACGCUUCACAAGCGCUGUUGGUGCGUUCGGGCCCUGCGUCUGCAGUCGGCGCUGAACAGCAUGCUGACAGGCACCUGCACAGGGACGAGCUGCCAUGCUCCGUCCCUUCAGAUACUCAAAUGA